ACACACACACACACCGCGCCCUGCAGCCAGCCGCCAGCUGUUUCUGGUUAGACGGCCGGGCCUGCAGUCAUGGAGCGGCAGCUGGAGCUCGCUGCCCUCGGCGUGGCAUUCACCGGGUGGCUGUGUGCCAUCCUGACCCGCUGCCUGGCCCUGUGGACGGUGAGCGGCACCAUGGACAACAACACGGCCACGCUGCCUGCCUACUGGGACGGGGUGUGGCUGGAAUGGGAUCACUGGGACCUGGCUCACGAUGGAAGUCUGCACUGCUCCUUCUACCAGUCUCUCAUGUCUCUCUCUGGAAACUUCCGCACGUGGAGAGCCCUCAUUAUGGCGGCUGUCGGUGCCGGGGCUUUGGCUGUGGUGAUAGGGGGGGUGGGGGCGGUGUGGUUCCCCCUGAGGGGACAGGUCAAAGUGUUUUCUGGAGCUCUCUUUGUUUUGUCUGGGAUCGUGCUGCUGGUUCCCAUUGCAUGGACGUGCCAUCACACCAGUCAGCCACUGGAGGGGGCCGCCCUGCUGAGGAGAGCCUGGGGGCCUGCGCUCUACCUCGGGUGGAUCUCCUUUGCUCUGAUGCUGGCGGGGGGUGUGUUUCUCACCACCAGGUGCCCCACAGGGGGUCCGGUGCAGCUGCCUGCAGGGGGCGGGCCCUCCAGUCCAGAGGAGGAGGCCGCCCACCCGCUGAGCCGCAUCCACAGGACUGCGUUCACUCAGAGCCAGUAUGAGCGCCAAGCAGGGCCCGUGUGAGGGGACUGGAUAUAACUGGAAAACCAUCAACAUGUGAAGUGACUGGGGGGGGGGGGGGGGACAUGCUGUGUCAUGUUUUAUUGUUAGUGUUUUUAAUUUGCAUCCUGUUUUGUAUUUCUAUUGAAGCUAACACUGUGUAGCUAUAUUUAAUGCCAUUACUAAUACCAAACUGACAUUAAGACAUACAGCCCUCUGAUCACUAAUAAUGUCUUAAAUGUGAGUGAAUAUUGAUACUAAAACUAAAGACACAUUGCACUACAUCAGCUGGUUUCAGUGGCAAACAUGUUUACACCCGAGGUGAAUUCUUCUGCACAAAAGGACACUGGAAUAAAGCUUUGCACUUGACUCAGACAUCUUUGUUUACAGGAGUUCUUCUAAUGUCAUGCUUUACAGUGAUUUUAACUCAUGCCACAGAACGCAACAUAGAUGUCUAUUUUGAGUAUUUGUAUUUUAAAAUAAAGACGGAAUCUGACCAAUUGUCUUUGCA